CUGAUAAAAAAGUUCUGCAGGGAUAUUCAAAAGAACCGAGAAAAUGAUACGCCCACCUGUUAUCCUCAUAUGAAUAACAGGGCCUGUCGCUCUGAAAAAAGGCCUGGGAGUGUCAGUGCAGGAGCGCUCUUUUGUAUUUGGUAACACAGCUGCGUGCAGUUGGCCGCUGGGACUUCAUGCGGAGCGUUAGCUCCAGCUCACUGUCCGAGAAACUCAGGAACCUGCUGUCAGCAAGUAACAUGUCUAAAGUAAACAGCGGUACCUCCGGUUGUCGGGCAGUAGUGAUGGCAGGAAAGUAUCUGUCAAGCCCGUCCGCCCCGGCACUGAGCCGGAGUUCCAGCCAGCGUCAGCGGAGGAUGUUAGGUGUUCAACGGCGAAUGAACAGCUCGGACGCGGCGAGCACAGGAGGAAAAUCCGCGGCUUCGGCCCAGCAGGAACAGCCGGCGUAUCUCUCCGCCGCAGACCGACAAGCGCUGGCCAACCGGAAUCUGAUUUACCGGGACGUAAAGGCUUUUCUCAAUGAAGUUGGUGGGGAUCCCAGAGAGGCUCGGUACUGGCUGACCCAGUUCCAGAGAGCGACCAAGACCCAGUCUCCUGCCUUUGCCGUAAUGGAGGUGGACAGCUCAGUGUUUGACAGCAGGGAAAUGGUUCAGAGCCUGGCCUUUGGGCUCUCUUUCCUCCAGCGAAUGGAUAUGAAGCCUGUUGUGGUGAUGGGCCAAUCUGAAAAUGAGGAAACAGGGCACAUGAAACCGGUUGCUGGGUCUCGGAGCACUAGGGGGCUGGUUGAACGGAGCCAACAACUAACUGAGGCACUACAGCAGCAUUCAGCUACUGUACUGCCCCUCUUCUCUGCUGAGUCCUUCCUGCUACUGCAUGAAGCCCCACGUGGAAGCAGUGUGCCGCCCUCUGUUGCCGUGGACACCAGCCUCCUCCAGUGGAGUCUGGACUGCGGGACCAUCCCUUUGGUUUGUCCGGUUGGGAGGGAUGGGCGAGGUUGCUCAAUAAUGUUGGACUCAACGGAGGUGACAGCAGCUAUCUCACGAGCCCUGCAACCCCACAAAGUCAUGUUCCUGAACCACUCAGGAGGCCUCUGCAGCCAAGAAAAAAAGGUGCUAGGUACAGUUUCAUUCCCCAGCGACCUGCCCAGUCUGUCCAUGGCGGUGUGGCUGAGCAUUACUGAGCGCCGCAGAGUGUCCACCAUAGCCAGACUCCUGAAUCAGCUGCCGACUGAGUCCUCAGCAGUGAUCACCUCUGCAGACACACUGCUGAGUGAGCUGUUCAGCCACAGAGGAUCUGGAACACUCUUUAAAAAUGGAGACCCUAUACACCGGUACACCUCUCUGAAUGACAUUGAUGUGGAUCGUCUCUUGGCUCUCAUCAACAAGUCAUUUGAUAAAACUCUGAGGCGAGACUACAUCGACUCUCUGAAGGGAAGACUGCAUUCCAUCUAUCUUUCUGAAGGGUACAGUGCGGCUGCUAUCAUCACCAUGGAGCCAGUGAACAGAGGCACUCCUUAUCUCGACAAAUUUGUUGUCAGCAGCAGUAAGCAGGGUCAGGGCACCAGCCAAAUCCUGUGGGAAUGUAUCAGACAAGACCUGGGAAAGCUGUUCUGGCGGUCCAGAGCCACAAACAGGAUCAACCCCUGGUAUUUCAAACACUGUGAUGGCAGCUUCGUGAAUGGGGUGUGGACCGUCUUCUGGUUCGGUCUUACAGACAUCAGAGAUUCCUAUGAGCUGGUGGAAUAUGCUAAGGAACUCCCUGACUCUUUCUACUCCUCUCAGCCCCCUGGUCCUGCAGCUGCAUCCUAAACUCAAACUUCACUACUGCUUGAUUUUCUUGGACUCUUAAUCUGAGCCAUGGAUAUACAAAAUGUUUCCAGCUCUGUUUUCCUUUCCUGGGUUUUCUCACACCUUGAAACUUGAAAUUGCAGUGAGCAUACAUGCAAUAUUGUGAUAAGCUGUACAUUACUCUCGGUAAAGUUUGGUUUAUUCUUAGUCUUUGGAACUGAGGGUGAAAGGAGUGUCUUUACUUUCCUAAUGAACUCUUGCACAACGACUAUACUGACUGUUACAGUAAGAAAUACUAAACAGGUGCCUUUUACACCCAAAAUGCUCUCCAGUGUUGAGAACAUUUCAAACAGCAGUCUUACAUGAUGUGGUCUGCUUCCAGGUUGUUUUGAAGACCAAUUUAUCUGAUAAGAUAGUGGAACAGAUGUUACUCCUGAUGGUUUUACAUUCAUUUCAAAGUUUACUUGAACUCAACUCAGCCUUAAAAAUCUUGUAAAAGGUUUGUAUGGCUCUUAAGGAGUUUUUCCUCUUUUUUUUAACUUUAUUUAAUGUAGAAAACAUAUUAGUAUGGGCUCAAAUAUAAAAUUAACCCUGAUGAUGCCAUAACCAUAUCAAAGGGUUGUCUCAGCUUUGGCCUGCAAUCUUUGUAUUUUAUUCAAAAAGCAUUUAAAAGUGUGGCUGAGGGCUUUUAUCAGCCAGGUGAGGAAAAUGGAAGACGCUGUCUGGCUGCAAACAUUAACACAUUUACUUUCUACCGGUACCUAGAUAUUUGGUAUUUUUCUAACAUUCUGGUUGGCAUUAAUGUAAAAAAAAAAAAAGAUAUAUAUAUAUAUAUAUAUAUAUAUAUAUAUAUAUAUAUAUAUAUAUAUAUAUAUAUAUAUAAACCAAAUAUAUAUAUAUAUAUAUAUAUAUAUAUUUGUUUUUUUUUUUUUAUUAAAGGACUGCCUUGUUAGAAAACAAAGCUCAUUUUGCCCUGGU